AUGAACCUGUGCUAUCCGCUGGCAGUCUAUGCCACUGUGCAGAAGCACCUUCAUCAAAAACUGGAGUAUCCCGGUGACCUGACGACAUGGGAGACGUUUGUGUCGAUCUCCAAGACCAUCACCCUCCCUAAGCGGCCACCCGCGGCUAUGGGCCGCCGGGUGCAAUUCGGUUUCGUUUCACCCUGUCGAACUGGGCAAAGAGACCGGCGGUGCGAAAUGCAUGGACUGCGGGACAAAGAGUUCGGGGAUAUUGAUCGGGUCUUUGGCUUCACGGAUUUGGCGCUGACCAACACAUUUCCGAUCUGUCUGAGCAUGGCCAAGGCUUAA